CAAAAAAGUAAAAUAAAAAUGUUGACAAUGGGAUGAGAAGUUCCGGGAUUUCGUGACAUCAUGAGGUUUAUUAUGUAAAAGAACCCGAACCGUGAUGACAUCAUAGUUUCCGGAUUAAUCCAUUUUUUUCCCAUCCAGGAAGCACAUGAAUCAAGAAAUGUGUAUUUAAUUUCAAGAUUAGAAUAUUGUUUAUACAGGAGAUUGUGAAAAGUUUGUAAGAUUUCUUGUUCUCAAUCAAGAGACGUUUUCAUGUUUUUCUGCAAGUUGUGUUUUGAAACAUAAAGACAUAUAAAUGCUUCUAACCGUACAGUCCACAGACAGAAGGAUAGGCACGCUUUGGGUGUGAGGAUUAUUAAUUCAAAGAUCACUCAACAGAUUUUGCUAUGCUUACAACAACGUGGGAUACAAGAAAGCGUUAAUUAGGGACUUUGCUCCCGGGAACUGAAAACUCCCAUUCCAUUCUAAAGGAUGACGUCAGAAACCACGUGGUUCAUUAUCUCCCUUUGUUUGCUCCAGAUGGUUUGCCCUGUCUUAAGCGGGUUUGAAAAGGUGUGCACGUUUGAGACGUACAGGCGCGGCGUGCACCAGCAAGGCGCGUGCGGGGACAACCUGGCGGACAUGCUUAGACUUGUUUGCCGUAAAUACAAGCGGUCGGGUGGAACGCGACCAGACAAAACAUAUGAUGUGCUGAAACGUGCGAAUUUCACAGGUGGCGGGUUAAGCCCGCCACAAAUACAGGCAAGAUCCGCUCCCUGGAAGUCGGUCUUGAAGAGAAUGAUGGUGUCCAAAGAGAAAGCACUCGCCUUCAUCGCCAACAAUCUGGAUUUCCAUCGCCGCAAGAAGAAAGGAUCUCCGUAUAAUUUAGAUAAACGCUAUGGCGACAUCAAUAUCGUCUGCGAGUGCUGUUACCAUAGCUGCAGUGUGGCGGAGUUUGAGGAUUACUGCGCAGAGUGAAAACUAUUCUGCUGGACAUGCGGAUGCGCAUUUUUUUUUUAAUUUUCCCGUUUGAAAGAUUCUGUAUAAAUUGGACUAUAUUUCU